AAAAUCAAGAAAAAAGACAAAUGUGAAUGAACAUUAUACAAACUCAUCAAUCAAAAAAGGUGAAUUGCAAGUAGUGGGUAGACUUACAAAGAUCUUUAACUAACAAAUAAUUCACUGAAAUGCUACCAUCUUCACACUUAUACCACCCCUUUUCUACCUCUUCAUCUCAAGCUUCAUGGGUUUAGUUCUUCACAUAUUAUUAUUAUUAUUAUUACUUUCCUGCUCAAUCCCCCCUCUUCUCUCACAAGUUACAGAAUUUAUAAGUAUAGACUGUGGAGGAACAAGUGAGCACACUGACAAUAAAACCGGGUUACCAUGGGUUUCGGAUUCCGGGUUGAUCCGGCAUGGGACGCCAGUGGAGAUUGAGAAUUUUAAUGGUAAUUCAGUUCAGUAUCAAAGGCGUAGAGAUUUCCCUAUAGACAACAAGAAGUAUUGUUAUACUUUGAAUACAACAGAAAGAAGAAGAUACUUAAUCCGGGCUACAUUUUUAUAUGGUAGUUCUCAAAGCGAAAACACAUACCCGAAAUUUCAGUUAUAUUUGGAUGCAACUAAAUGGGCUACUGUUAGUGUGUUGGAUGCAUCAACGGUUUAUAUUAAAGAGAUGGUUAUUAGAGCGCCUUCGAGCUCGGUUGAUGUGUGUUUAUGUUGUGCUACGACGGGUUCUCCGUUUUUGUCCACGCUUGAGCUCCGGCCGUUGAAUCUUUCGAUGUAUGCUACUGAUUUUGAGGAUGAUUUUUACUUAAAGGUGGCUGCUAGGGUCAAUUUUGGUGCUUCAAGUACGGAAGCCGUAAGGUACCCGGAUGACCCGUAUGACCGGAUAUGGGAUUCGGAUCUUGCAAAACGACAAAACUUUCUGGUGGGAGUAGCACCGGGCACAGUGAGAAUCAACACAACAAAAGAAAUAAACACAAAUACAAGAGAAUAUCCACCUAUGAAAGUCAUGCAAACUGCAGUUGUAGGCACUCAAGGGCUUCUUAGCUACAGAUUAAACUUAGAAGACUUCCCCGCAAACGCUCGAGCUUACGCAUAUUUCGCAGAAAUCCAGGAUUUACCAGCAAACGAAACACGAAAAUUCACAAUGCAGGAUCCUUACAUACCUGAUUAUAGUAACGCUGUGGUGAAUAUCGAAGAAAAUGCAAAUGGAAGCUACACGUUAUAUGAACCGAGUUAUAUGAAUGUCAGUUUGUCGUUUGUUUUUUCAUUUUCUUUUAAAAAGACACCAGAUUCUACACAAGGACCACUUCUGAAUGCAGUUGAGAUCAGUAAAUAUGUACUGAUUUCAUCAAAAACCGAAAAAAGCGAUGUGAAUGUUGUUGGAACGUUUCGGUCAAUGCUUGCGAAUGGGGAUUUGAUUGAAGAAGGCGAUCCAUGUGUUCCGGUUCAGUGGGAAUGGGUGACUUGCAGCGCAAGUAAUCCUCCACGAAUCACCAAACUCGAAUUGUCAGAAUCGAAUUUUGAAGGUGAAAUUCCGUCAGUGAUCAAAGACUUGGAAGAGUUGACCGAGUUGUGGUUUAAUGGGAACUCCUUAAACGGGUCGAUCCCCGAUAUGAGUAACCUUGAAAAAUUGACAAUUAUACAUCUAGAGGACAAUAUGUUGACUGGUUCUUUACCAUCUUACUUUGGUAGUUUGCCAAACUUAAAAGAACUAUAUAUACAGAACAACUCUCUGACUGGAGAGAUUCCUCCAGAACUACUGACCGGAAAAAUAAUCUUUAACUAUGAAGGUAAUCACGGUCUACACAAACAUGGGAAGAAAAAGUCACAUUUUAAGUUGAUACUCGGGAUUUCAGUUGGAAUACUUGCGGCUCUGUUUAUAUUAUUCGUAGGAAGCUUGUUAGUACUACGUUAUUUUAGAAAAAAGGCGCCGACUCAAAGAAGUGACGAUAAAGGGGCGAUUUCGUCACGCAAGAGCAUUAUAGGAUCAACCGCGUACUCAGUGGCACGUGGAAGUUAUAUGGACGAAGGAGUAUCGUAUUACUUUUCACUUGCUGAGAUAGAAGAAGCUACUAGUGGGUUCUCGAAAAAGAUCGGUAAAGGAAGUUUUGGGCCUGUGUAUUACGGAAAAAUGAAAGAUGGAAAGGAGGUGGCGGUUAAGAUGAUGGCUGACUCAUCAAGCCAUGGGGCGCAGCAGUUUGUUACCGAGGUCGCGCUGUUGUCGAGAAUUCAUCAUAGAAAUCUAGUACCGUUAAUAGGAUACUGUGAAGAAGAACAUCAUCGUAUGCUGGUUUAUGAGUACAUGCACAAUGGAACGUUACGAGAUCACGUACAUGAUAAAGUCAACAAGAAGCACUUGGACUGGAGAGCGCGUCUCCGAAUCGCAGAAGAUUCAGCCAAAGGCCUUGAGUAUCUGCAUACUGGUUGUAACCCGAGUAUUAUUCACCGCGACAUAAAAACUAGCAAUAUUCUUUUAGACAUUAACAUGAGGGCAAAAGUUUCAGACUUCGGGCUUUCUAGGCAAACUGAAGAAGACUUGACACACGUAUCAAGUGUAGCACGAGGAACCGUAGGCUACCUUGACCCCGAGUACUAUGCUAACCAACAGCUAACUGAGAAAAGUGACGUCUAUAGUUAUGGGGUCGUUCUCUUAGAACUUAUCUCAGGAAGAAAGCCUGUAUCUCCGGAAGCAUAUGGAGCGGACUGGAGCAUUGUUCACUGGGCGAGGUCUUUGAUACGAAAAGGAGAUGUUGUGAGCAUUAUAGAUCCUACAAUAGCGCACGAUGUGAAGAUUGAGUCUGUAUGGAGGAUAGCGGAAGUAGCAAUACAAUGUGUGGACCAGCAUGGUUCUUCAAGGCCAAAGAUGCAAGAAAUAAUAUUGGCAAUACAAGAUGCAAUCAAGAUUGAAAAGGGAAAUGAUGGUAAGAUAACCUCGGAAAGUUCUAGAGCGCAAUCUUCGAGGAAAACGCUACUAACUACCUUUCUAGACAUCGAGAGCCCAGACCUUUCGAAUGAAUGUUUAUUCCCGUCUGCUAGAUAAUAGACAAUCAACUGGUGUACAUCUGAUUAUAACUCUUUGAAGAAACUGAUACACAGAUCCAUCGCGCCUAUUUUUUUUUUCUCCUGGAAAAAUGAAUAACUUUUAUAUAAAUAUUUCAAGAGCUGAGAAACCAUGAUAGUUCCUUACAAGUUAGCACAUCCAUUGUUGUUGUUGUUGUUCCAACUUGUAUAAAUUUUCUUAGAAGUUAAUGAGAGUAAAGCUUUAUAAUUAUAGUUGUAAUUAUGUGGAAAUCGAAAUGAAAAGAAUUGUUUUUAAUA